AUGGCGCGGAUCCUACACAGGUUCCUUAUACUGCUGAGCCUGGUUGUUUACAUCAAUGCAGCGACCCGUCCUCACAUCGUAUUUAUGGUAUCGGAUGACUUAGGUUGGAAUGACGUAGGUUGGCACAAUUCACAUAUAGGCAGCUACUACCUGACCAAAUAUGCACGUGAAGGAGUCAGACUGAACAGUUCUUAUAUGCAGCCUGUCUGUUCUCCGUCUAGAGGAAGUUUCCUUAGCGGAUAUUAUCCUUUCCACACUGGGUUACAGCAUGGCAUCAUCCAAGAUUCCCAGCCGAAGUUUUUACCCUCAAAUUUUACCCUUCUCCCGGAGAAGCUAAAUGAGCUAGGUUAUGCAACCCACAUGGUCGGGAAAUGGCAUUUAGGUUUCUGCGACUGGAGGUACACACCUAAUCACCGGGGAUUUGACAGUUUCAUGGGCUACUACGGCGGUGCUGAGGACUAUUACACGCAUCAAUCAGGACGAGGCUAUGAUUUCCGUUUAAAUGACGCUGUUCAUCAUCCGCCAUCAGGAGAGUAUUCGACGGAAACGUAUACAAAGCGGUUAAUAGAUAUUAUACACCAACACGAUCCUCAACAGCAGCCAUUAUUUCUUUACGUCGCCUACCAGAACGUCCACUCUCCCUUACAGGUUCCACAGCAUUACGAAGACAUGCACUCCCAUAUCCCUAAUGAAGAUCGGCGGGCAUUUACUGGUAUGGUUAACGCUAUGGACGACUCCUUCGGGAAUAUCACGGCCGCUCUAAAAUCAGGUGGUUAUUGGGACAAUCUACUCAUCAUCUUUACCUCAGAUAACGGCGGAGCAAUAACAGAGGGCGGUAACAACUGGCCACUCCGAGGAAACAAAGGCACCCUGUGGGAGGGAGGCACUCGAGUUCCCGGAUUUGUGUAUAGCCCAACCCUUCUCUCCAAGACCGGAUAUAUUUCCUCCGAAAUGAUACAUGCGGUCGAUUGGUUCCCGACAAUACUAGCUGCAGCUGGAGGUGUAACGGAUCCCAAUAUGGACGGCGUCAGUCAAUGGCAUAUGUUACAGACCGGAGGAAAUUCGGCGAGAACAGAAUUCGUCUACAAUAUUGACGAUAUCCAUGGCAAUUCUGCCAUCAGAGUUGGAGACUACAAACUGAUAACCGGAAAUGCUGGGGUGAGAAGUGACUGGUAUCAGGUCGGUCACAUCCAUGCUCAUCACCAUAGUACAACAAACACUACAGCACCACAACUCUUUAACUUGAGAGAUGACCCCACAGAGCAUUAUGACAUAUCAAGCCAACACCCGGACAUCGUCCAAAAUCUGCAAGCCAAACUAGCUAACUAUAGAAAAACACAGAUGCCGGCCCAGAAUCCAGUUCAGGUCAAUCAUGUCCUUCAUCGAUACCACAACGUUUGGAGUCCGGGAUGGUGCUAA